GUGUGCAUCCGCGUGGGGAAACCGUAACCGCUUGCACCCCGCAUUGGACUCAAGAACACCCCCUGGCAGGAGCCUGGACCAAACAUGGCGGUGUUCACAAACACCGGGCCGGGGCGGGUAGCUUAUUUCAUUCCCAAGUCAACCCAGACCCAGCAGAGCGCGGAGGAGGUUUUGGGGGGUCGGGGCGGCAUGCCCCGGCGGCCGCCGCAGCUGUGGGAGCUUCGGCGGCCGGUGGACAGCCAGGCUUCUCGUGUCGCUGCCAAACGUGCGCGAGGAGACCCUUUUACCUUCGGCCCCGAGGCCACUAUCUAUCAUCUCUAAGGAUGCGUUUAUGAGGCUUGGUAGCAGCUAAGCUUUGUGGGCAAGGCGCACGCGCGGCGAUGUACAUGGCUGUCUGCGCGCCGGGCAAGCUGCAGACUAGUUGACAUGUGUACUAUGGUAGAGGUUAAAAACAUGCAUGUGUAUACUCAGUAAGCAGGGCAUAUUGCUGCACAAACUGGCCGGCUCAUUGGCCCCAUGCGCAAUUUUCGCUGGGCGAGCCCCUUAAGCGGCGCGAGCCCGCCCAGUUUCUUCCUCUUGGGCUCCGCUACGUUGUCCUAAGGCAGCACAAAAAUGCCGUCCAACAAGUCGUUCAAGAUUAAGCAGAAGCUGGCCAAGAAGGCCAAGCAGAACCGCCCCAUUCCCCACUGGAUUCGCUUCCGCACGGACAACACCAUCCGUUACAACGCUAAGCGCCGCCACUGGCGCCGCACGAAGCUGGGCCUGUAAGCUUGGCGGCUUGUUGACUUGGCUGGAGACGAUGAGGGCCUUGUGCGCGGGUGAGCCCGCUGUGUAAGUCCAAGACGAU